AUGAUCAGUUAUGACACACUGUUCACCAUCGCCAAGGCUACAGCUAGCACACCGAGACCACAGCCAUCACACCGAGACCACAGCCAUCACACCGAGUCCACAGCCAUCACACCGAGACCACAGCCAUCACACCGAGUCCACGGCCAUCACACCGAGACCACAGCCAUCACACCGAGACAACAGCCAUCACACCGAGACCACAGCCAUCACACCGAGACCACAGCCAUCACACCGAGACCACAGCCAUCACACCGAGACCACAGCCAUCACACCGAGUCUACAGCCAGCACACCGAGUCUACAACCAUCACACCGAGACCACAGCCAUCACACCGAGACCACAGCCAUCACACCGAGUCUACAGCCAGCACACCGAGUCUACAGCCAUCACACCGAGACCACAGCCAUCACACCGAGACAACAGCCAGCACACCGAGUCUACAGCCAUCACACCAAUACCACAACCAUCACACCGAGUCUACAGCUAGCACACCGAGACCACAGCCAUCACACCGAGUCUACAGCCAGCACACCGAGACCACAGCCAUCACACCGAGACCACAGCCAUCACACCGAGACCACAGCCAUCACACCGAGACCACAGCCAUCACACCGAGACAACAGCCAGCACACCGAGUCUACAGCCAUCACACCGAGACCACAGCCAUCACACCGAGACCACAGCCAUCACACCGAGACCACAGCCAUCACACGAGACCACAGCCAUCACACCGAGACAACAGCCAGCACACCGAGACCACAGCCAUCACACCGAGACCACAGCCAUCACACCGAGACCACAGCCAUCACACCGAGACCACAGCCAUCACACCGAGUCUACAGCCAUCACACAGAGACCACAGCCAUCACACCGAGACCACAGCCAUCACACCGAGACAACAGCCAUCACACCGAGACAACAGCCAUCACACCGAGACCACAGCCAGCACACCGAGACCACAAGCCAUCACACAGAGACCACAGCCAUCACACCGAGACCACAGCCAUCACACCGAGACCACAGCCAUCACACCGAGACCACAGCCAUCACACCGAGUCUACAGCCAUCACACCGAGACCACAGCCAUCACACCGAGACCACAGCCAUCACACCGAGACAACAGCCAUCACACCGAGACAACAGCCACAAAUUACAAUUCGACAAGAAGUCCUCUAUGCUCUCUGA